GCGACCGGAUCUGAUGGCUGUAGGUCGUUUGGCAUGCAGAGCGAGCGGCCUUUCCGGCAGUUGACUGUGUACCGUGACUGUCUUUCUGCCCUGUCUACAAACCCUAGGCUACAGAGGGCUCGUUUAUCUUCGCUUCCUACAUUAUUUAUUUAUUAUAAUAUGCCAAGCCUUGUCAAAACCUAAAACGCAAUAUAACUGCACGACACUGUGUACAAGACUACGUCUCCACUAGGAUUUUCGAAGGUCUUUGUUUUGUGAAAUUGGGCAGGUCGAAAAUUCUAAGUAACUGCUGGAGAUGGGCCGAGUAUAAGUAAAACUACUUUUAGAAACUUCUCACCGCUUAUGAUUCGAAGACAGCUCACACACGACACACAAGCGACCGUAAAGUGAAGGCCAGCGACUUUAUUUAUUAUAUAUAUUCACCAGCGACUUUCAAGAGGAAGCCUCCUACUGGUCGAAGAUCCGUCCUCCACAAAUUCACAAUCUGUUUCAAGAAGAAGUGCUCCUCAGAGUGACGGCAAUGGACGCGUUGACGAAAAGUCUGCUGGUAUUGUCGACAUUUUCGUCUCUAGCAUCGUCUGAAUCCAAUUUAUGGGAUAUAAAUGAACGUCUCCGGACUCAGCUACUCCAGAACUACCAGAAAAUGACCUUUCCCCACAAGGGGCCCAACGAUACAGCAACUGUUUUCUUCGACUUCUUGUUGAUGGGAGCCUGGUUUCAAGAAGAUCUCCAGAUUCUCAAUGUCAAGUCGUGGGUUGUCAUGAUGUGGCAUGAACCUAGAUUCGUCUGGGACCCCAAAGACUUCGGCAGCAUAGAAGUGCUUCACCUCGCCUCAGAUGAGAUCUGGAAGCCAGACAUCGCUCUCUAUAACAAUGCAGAUGUUAAGGAAGUGAACCAUUAUGGAGAGAACCACGUCAUCGUCUACCCAUCCGGCAUGGUCCUGUGGGUGCCGCCGGCUCUGUUCCAGGUCGAGUGUCCCCUCGACUUCACCUAUUGGCCCUACGACCUCCAGCGGUGCCAUUUGGUCAUUGGAUCUUGGACGUCCCACGGGUGGCAGAUCGAUCUACAGUUGCUUCAUAACAACUCAGACGUCCACCUGGGAGCCUACUGGGAGCCGUCGCACGAGUGGCAGUUCCAGUCAGGCACCAUCCGGCGCCAAGUGACCAAAUACGCCUGCUGUCCCGAACCUUACGUCAGCAUCAUGAUCACGCUCAACCUGAGGCGAGUCUCCGCCACAUUCACUGGCACCAUCGUCAUUCCAGCUUGCGCAAUUUCAGCGCUGACGCUGAUCCAGUUUCUGUUGCCAGUGAGGGAGAAGAAGAGGCUCUUGGUCGGAUGCUGCUGCCUGCUGCUGACCAUCUUAGAGGUCAUCCACUUGGGGUCAUCCAUUCCGCGGCUGUCUUCUUCAACUCCAAUCAUAGUCAAGUUUUAUGGGCAGACGUUCAUUGUGGUGACAGUGAGUGUGGCUGUGACCGCCUUCCUCCUCCGACUGACUGACACUGAGCAUCCUGCUGCUUCAACACCGCCCCCGAAUCUCCUUAAGACCAUUCUCGUGGGACCUCUCUCCUCGGUCCUCUUCCUCCACCACUAUACUGAAAAGGUUGGGAGAAGCGGCGGAGGCGACGAAGACGGGGAAGUGCUCGACACAGACAUCAAGAACUCCGUCAACUACGGCCCCGACUGGCUCUUGGUCGCUGCUGCUUUUGAUCGCCUGGCUGUCCUCUGCUUCCUCGUCACGUUCGUCGUCAUGCUCAUCGCCUAUGUAGCGCCUGUUUAGAUCUAACCAAAGUUCCUAUGAAAGAAAGAAGAGCCUAGUUUCCUUGGAUGAGAGUAUAUAACUGUUUUGUUGAAAAAAAAAAAAAAAAAGUUUUCGUUGCAGGUUUCUACUGUGAGGAAAUCCGUAGCCCAAGUUAUUUCUCGACUUCAUAUUUUGACUCAGUAUUAAAUUAAUCAGGCAUUAAUCACAUGGACAAUUAAAACUUCCGGACAGUUUGUCGUCCAGGAACAUUGUUCCAAGUACCUACCUACUCAUCGGCAUUGGUCUAGACUUUCAAAAAUGAAUAUGCUUAUUAUGGAUGGCAGUAUCAUGUUAACAAUUGGCUACUAAUGCGUCCACGUCAAGUUUAUUACAAUAGCUCUUCAUUCUCUUGUUGCAGAGAGUUAUGUAUAUCGUCUUAACAAGACAGACAUCUAGAAAAGUUCAAGAUGACUGCAGUUUUCCCUCCUUUUCGAAGUGGUUCCUUUGUUUUAAAGGCGGCAGGGUUACUUCUAGGAUUAAUUCCGCAGUGACAAACACUUCUCAGCGACACUAAUUGACUAUUAUAAAGGGGGUUGAAUGCCCUACCUGUCUUAAACACGUAGUUUAUUGCAAAGAAAUUGUGCUGGAAAAAUAUAUUACCGUACUCUUCAAUAUAGAAAGUAUUCGCUAUGUUCAGGUUUCAAAGCAGACUUGCCAACUUCUUUCCUGUAAACAUCGUAUGUCAGUUGACCCUUCACCAAACUGACUACCUAAAAUUGCGGCAAAGUCUUCAGUGAUCAAAGGUGCACAGCACUAUUGUAUGAUUUAGGCUGUUGAUCUGUAUUCGG